CUAUCAGGUCGAUCCCUCGACCUGCAUGCCAAGCACGGCGGCUCCAGCCCUACGCCCUACCAUCCACCCCCCCUGACGUUCGAGGCGUUUGGCGCGCGGCUUUCGACACCUCGGACCAAGUGACGGACCUGCAGCAGUCUGGUCGCCUCACGCUCCACACUGGCUAUCGCAACGAGAGAGCGUCUGCAAGGCUAUUGUAUUUCCGCGAGGAGGCCGUCCUGUCGGCGCGUCUCGGGGGCGACGGCGAGGCUGCAGGGCGUACUCGGUGUCCAGGGUGCAGAGAAAUUGUGGGGCGGGGGCUGAAAGUCUGGUCUGCCUUGGAGAGAAGGGCAACCUCUGGUUUGAACGAGGCUGCGGCAAGCUACCCUCUAGGUACUUGAGGCUGCGACAGGGUGGUUAGGUUAAGAGGUGGAAAGAAAGAAGAGAAGAAAAGGGGAAGGGGAGGAAAGGGAACGGGGGGAAGAAGAUGUAUUAUAUCCGCUUCUUGAAAAGUCCGAGGAUUAUAGGCAGGGGGAAUGAGAAGGCUUUUGGGGCCAAAAUCACAAUCACCACGGAUCUCGGGGAGAGUUUUCUUGCCGCUGAUCUUGGGAUUUGUGUUGAUGUUGUCGAGGAAGAUGGGGAGAGUAUUCUUGGGCCGGCGGGAAGGGAGUAUGUUUGGAAAGGCCGGGAGGGGAUGAGGAGUUUGGAGGUUAGUUUGCCAAUGAGGAAGGUUAGGAAGGUGGAGAGGGUGAGGAUGGUUGUCGCUGCCAAGGGGGAGGCGUAUGUUGAUAGCUUUGAGAGCGUUUUGGGGAUUGGGGAAAAGAAAGAGGGAAUUUUGGGUGGAGUGGUGACGGUCAGGAGUAUGGAGAUCGAUGGCUACACCGGAUAUCCCAUAGGAACAGGAUUGGCAGAAAGAGUCUUCAGCUCCAGUAUCAGGAACGGUUUAACGGAGAUACAUAUCUGGGAAGAAACAGGGGAAUCUAUAGCAAGACAUGUCUGGGACGCUGGCCUCGUAUUAUCAUCCUACAUCGCAUCUCUCCCUCAUAUCACUGAUUCACCAUUACCCCGCCUCCCCAUACUAGAAUCCGCCCUGUCAUCACCCUCGCUCAACAUCCUUGAGCUCGGCGCCGGCUGCGGCAUAGUCGGCAUAACCAUCCUACACACGCUCCCCUCCCCAACCCACAUUCUUCUCACUGAUCUCCCAGAAGCCACCGAGAUCCUCUCACGCAACACAUCUGCACCAGUCCUAGAUCUCAGCCCCUCCACUACCUCCAAAAUCUCCCAUCAAGUCCUCGACUGGUCCCUUCCACUCCCCUCCAACGUCGCAGCGACGAAAUGGGACAUCGUGUUUGUUGCGGAUUGCACGUAUAAUCCUGACGUGGUCCCGGAUCUGGUUAAGACGUUGGGCAGGGUUGCGGAUGGGAAUCGCGAGGGGAAGGUCGUGGUGGCGAUGAAGGUUAGGCAUGAGAGUGAGCUGGUGUUCUUCGAUCUCAUGAAAGAGAGGGGCUUUGUGGUCAACGAGAAAGGUAUCGUGCCGUUGCCGGUGCUGGGCGGCGAGGACCAGGAAAUCGAAGUCUUCGUUUUUGGCUGUGGUGGUGAAGUACCGAUAUUACAGAAGACGCUUCGAUGAUCCAAUUUAUACAAACACGAAGAAGGCGGCAGUCGACGAAUCUUCCGAUACCUCAGCCGACAAUCCGCCAGUUGCGAAGUCGAAGUCCGACAGAAACAAGG